UUACGGUUUGGAUUGUUCUCGUGUUUGUCCCUUUCCUAAUUAUGGAGACAACUGCAUAAAAAGGUGUGGAUGUGAAGCACAAAUAUGCCAUUUCGCACGUGGCUGUGUCCUUCAUACAGAUUAUGGAAAAUUGAAUUCGAUGCUUACAACAAAAACAAUACCAUCAGUUUUUGGGGAUUUUGAUAAAAAGGAGAACUCGACUCACCUCAUAGAAGCAAAUAUCAAAGUCAUUUUUUCUACCACUUUUGCUUCUCGGGGCUUUGAGAAAUACAAAAACAGGAAUGAAAAUAACAACAACUUUCAAUUUCCUAUUCAAAUUGGUAUUGCCUCUAUUCUUCUUUUCUUUUUGCUUCUUGUAUUUGCGCAUUUCAUUAAGAAAUUAGUAAGGAGACAGAAAACAAAAGGAAUCCAAACGCUUAAACCAAAAGAUUUUUCAAGUGAAUCAGAUCAUUACCAUAGCUUAGGUAACAUCGAGCAGAGCUACCCACUGCACCAUGAUAACGAUGUAGUUUUUGAUGGGGUCGCUGAAGUAAAAAUCAAAUAUGAUACUGAAACGAAAACAUUUAAGGUUGGGUUCCAAACAAAACAGUCAAACCAAGAAGGAAGAAACCGGGGAGCUGCUUUUGACAUUAUGAAAUCAGCUGAUACAAUAAAAUUGAAAGAAUGCUGCUCACUUCCUGUUGCCAAUGUCAACAUGAAUAUGGCAUACAUGUCCCCUGAGAGCAUCGAAGAGCAAUUACCUCUUAUUCCUCACCCCCAAAAUGAAUCAAAGAGGAAAGACGAAGAUUUUGGGAAUCCAUACCUUAUAGCUGUUAAAGAUGACUGAAAUAAUACCGUAAUGAAACACCCCGAAAUUUAUUCUUUUUUUCCUAAACAAUCACUUUUUAUUUUUAAAAUCAUUUACUUGUCUUAUAAUGCCAUGAUAUUUUUGGUGCAUGAAGAAAGGAAAUAUCGAUAUCAUAGAAAAUGGAAACGUGAUUUGGGAAGGGUUGGCGGUGAUAGCAGACGAAAUGAUUAAGGAGGAUAAAGGUUACAACUUUGGUUGCGUUUUCUAUAACCUUUCGAAAUUGUUCUCGUAAUAGUGAUAUUUUGUGGUUUCCACUUCAUAUUCUUAUCAUUAAGGAUAUCUUGUGAUAUUACCUCAGUAAUUUGCUACAGGCUUGAAAAUACAAAUAUAUUUAACUCCUGUGACAUAUGAACAUUUUCAGAAAUUCAUUUCAAAUUUCAUAAAAGGAUUAGCUUCUUCGUACUUCUAUACCGGCUUAAAAAUACUGAUAUAAAAUAAAUUGCAAAAUAA